AUGACGUCAUGUGGUCAUGUGAUAAAUACGACGUUCAGAAAUGGUUUCUGUUCAGAAGUUUUAACAUCGGUCGAUAUUCAAGAAAUAGUUAAAGCCGGUGGACGAAUUAUUAGAAUAUUAGAUAGUAUAGUAUACGAAGAAAAUUUUAAAACUCCACCAUAUGGAGAUUAUAUUUUAAUUUUGAGAGAUCUAAGAAAUAAAUAUAUACGAGAAGCGGCGGGUGCAGCAACUGGUAGAAUAUCUGCCGCAGUCAAAGCUGCCGACGUAAAGAAAGCAGCUGAUGCUAAAGCCGCUGAAGAACGCAGACAUAAUUUAAUAAUGGAAAAGGAAGCCAAAGGUUCAGGAGUGGGAGAUAUGAUAGGCACAAUAAAAGAAUUUGGAAAAAGAUUUGGGGAAGAAACCAAGAAAACUGUUAAACUAGUAGAUAGUAUUGACACAGGAGAAGUCAAAGUCAAACAUAAGGGUAAUGGAAUAUUUUUAAAAAAUAUACACACUGGAGAAGGAUUAUUUCUUUCAAAGUAUAAAGGAGAAGGAGUGAUUUUUGGAAUAAAAUAA